UUUUAUCUUAAUUUUAUCGAUACUUGUUUCAAUAACAAUUUCGAAGGCUUAUUUCGCCAAUUUGUAGAAAAAUAAAGAGUUUUAAAUAAAUCUAAAAUAUGAAAGAAAUAUUAUACAAGAGAUUAAGCCAUUUCUAAACGAUUACUUUUUUAUUGUCAAUGUCAACUCGCUAUUUGACCGGAAAUUAUUAUUGUCAGUUGUCAAUACAAGUUUGAAAAUAAAUAUGUGUUAAAUGUGCUUUUUGUUUGUUUUAUUAGCUUUAUUUCAGGACAAGAUGUUAAUGUGAGAUUUCAUUGUUAUUUAUAAUUAAUGAAAAAUAAAACUAAGUGGAGAAAAAAUAAAAAUGUCGUGUAGCAAAGAAGAAAUUGAGAGAAAGCGUUUGGCGGCAAUACAGAAGAGACAAUUGAAAUUAUCUUCACCUAGUAGCCCUUUGGGAAACAUUUCUAUAUCGAAUACAACUCAGAAUAGUCCUUCUUUUACGUCCCAAAAUAUUACCGGUCGUAAACUAUACCAUCCAUACAAAAAACCAGAAAUAAACGAAACUGAAAAUAUACCGGUGACUAAAGUUAUUAGUGGAACAAUAUAUUUGAUAUCGGAAGGUAGAUUUGAAGUAAAUCCAUCGGAAUUCUGUGUUCCGCUUAUUAAUAUAUUCAAAUCUUUACCAUCUAAAUGCUAUGAUGCUAAUACAAAAUUAUGGAAUUUCUCAAUAGAUGAUUAUGAUCAGCUGAUGUCCAAAGUAGCUCCCUUAGCACCACAUGUAGUGCUCGGUGCAUUACCAGCUUAUGUUCUCAAGGUCAUAAGAGAGAAUGUAACAGAUCCAAACAGUAUUGAUCUUACACCCGUGGAAGCAACUUUAAGAAACAGACUUAUGCCAUUUCAAGAAGACGGUGUGAGGUUUGGUAUAGCUCAUAAAGGUAGAUGUAUGAUAGCUGAUGACAUGGGUCUUGGUAAAACAUUCCAGGCUUUGGCCAUAGCAAGCUAUUACAGGCAUAACUGGCCCUUGUUAAUUGUCACCACUUCAUCUAUGAGGGAUACAUGGCAAAACAAAGUUUGCGAACUCCUCCCCUCAGUUCCACUUAUGAACAUUGUCACCCUCGGCAGUGGGAAGGACACACAACUUAUUGCAGACAAACAGACAGAAGUAGUAAUAGUGAGUUACAAAAUAUCAACUAUGCACACGGAUUUACUUAAGAGUAAAAAUUUUGGUGUUGUUAUUCUUGAUGAAUCUCAUCAUCUGAAGUCGAACAAGUCUCAGUGCACGAGCGCGCUGGGGCGGGUGUGCCGCGGCGCAGCGCGCGUGCUGCUGCUGAGCGGCACGCCCGCGCUCAGCCGCCCCGCAGAGCUCUACACGCAGCUGCUGCUCAUUGACAACAACUUCUUCUCCUCCUACACUGAGUAUGGUAAGAGGUACUGUGCGGGCAAACAGACUAACUUCGGCUGGGACAUGACGGGCCAAUCCAACCUCGCCGAGCUGCAGAUCCUGCUGCAGAAAAAGUUCCUCAUCAGAAGGACUAAGGAGCAAGUCCUCACCAACCUGGAGAGUAAGACAAGAGAGACGGUGCUGCUGGACGACGCGCUGCUGCAGUUCAGCAAGGAGGAGCAGCAGGAGUUGUCGCAGAUGGCGGCCAGCUGCCGCGACAGCCGCCCCGCGGACAGGCACUCCGCACUCAUCACGUACUUCACGGAGUCUGCUCGCGUUAAGAUACCGGCUAUAUGUAAGUAUAUAAAGCAGGUGGUGUGUGAGGAGGGUGUGGACAAGUUCCUGGUGUUCGCUCACCACCGCAGCGUGGUGCGCGCCGUGUGCGCCGCGCUCGACGACACCAACACCAGAUACAUCUGCAUCGACGGCGCCACGCCCGCCGCCGCCAGAACAGAGCUCGUGGAGAGGUUCCAGCUGGGGGCGGCGUGCCGCGCGGGCGUGCUGUCGCUGACGGCGGCGGGCGCCGGCCUCACGCUCACCGCCGCCAGCCUCGUGCUCUUCGCCGAGCUGCACUGGAACCCCGGAAUGCUGACGCAGGCGGAGGCGCGCGCGCACCGCAUCGGCUCGCGCGGCGGCGUGCGCGUGCGCUACCUGCUGGCGCGCCGCACCGCUGACGACCUCAUCUGGCCCAUGCUGCAGCACAAGCUCGAUGUACUUAAUAACGUGGGUCUGAGCGGCGAUACAUUCAAAGAUAACACGAUGACGCAUCAGGGAAAUAAUAAUAUAAAACAAUAUUUAACACCGAAUCCAGCAAAGAACAAGAAUGAUUAUAUUCCGGGGACAAAUAUAAGGAAGAAUGCAAUAAAAUAUAAUAUUCAACAAAAUGACAACACUGAGCCUGAAUGUACUAAAGAAACUUUCUUAGAAAACGAUCAAGAUGAUGAAUUGCUGGCUAAUUUAGAAUUAUGACCAAAUAUUAAGAGUAUUAAUUUAUUUUAAUUUAAUAUGUUUCUGUACUACCCACAUAUAGGAAAAUUUGAUACAAGUGAUAAACAGUUUUGUUUGUUUUUUGGCGAAAUUGGCGGUGUUUUAUUAUAGCUAUAGUCGUUUGAAUGUUUGAUCAUUUAGAUGGGGACCAAUAACGUAUAUAUUUAUUUAUAAUAUCUAUAUAAAAAAAAGGUCAUUCAGUAUAUGGAUAAUUGAUUUUUACUAUCUUGUUGUUGCCAAAUUGGUGCUUUAUGGGAAUAUUGUCUUGAUGCAAAGAAAAACUGGGCAUUCUUUUGUAAUUAGAACACUGCGAAUUUCCGCGACUGUACUUUGGUCGAUUCCGAGUACUGAGGCAGGUGACCCUCAGUCAGAUAAAAAACAAUAAUUAUUGCUAGCUACCCCCCUCUCCUACCCCAAAACGUAGCUUAAAUCUUUGUUACUAUUCAUGUAAAUAUUUUCUAAAUUAUUUCCAAUGUCAUUUCUCGUUAUUUGGUAGUUUUUUAAGUGUUUGUGUAAAUAUGAAAAUAAAAUAGAGCUUUUGUUGUAAUGAUGAAUUAAAGGAAUAAAUAGUAUUACUAAGA